AUGAUUCCAACACGAAGACUAGCAGCCCCCAGUGGCUUUAUGAAAAAAAGCGCCGAGGAACUCGGCCGCCUCUCAAGAAUUGCAUGGAACGCGGAAGCUCUAGGAACCCCGACCAAGCCCUAUACACUUUUGAAUUUCGAAGAUGCCUCCACGGUGGCGGGCUGCAAGACAAUGGCCGACCGUGCCGUGGGCGGGUUCAGUACUGCAGGCCUAGACUUCGAACCCGCAGACCCUGCUUCCAACACACCUGCACACGCCCGCUUCCAUGGAAAUAUUUCAACCAAGUUGCCGGCGAAUUGGCGCGUGGAGCGCACAGGAUACGCGGCAUUCCGCAAUCAAGAUCGCGGAUUCUGGCUCUUUGGCCGUCUGUACUGGGACGUGGACCCCUACGCCUACCUGGCACUUCGUAUCAAGUCCGAUGGUCGACGAUACACCGUAAACAUACAGACCGACUCGAUCAUUGAGACCGAUAUCCACCAACACAGACUUUACACGCGGCAUCACCGCGUUUUCGGCCAGACGCCGAUGCAGCAGGCUUUGAAUGCCAAGUCCGACGAGAACGCCGAGAUCGCAGAGUCACAGCGUUCGCGGGACAUUCCAGAUGGCCUGUCGGAUUACCCACCCGAGUCCACAAUCCUAUCUUCAUCCUCAAGCGCCACGACCGCUGGUAUUACUGGGUGGGAGACGGUUCUCCUGCCAUUCACUUCAUUUGUGCGGACCAACCACGGAUAUGUCAUGGAGCCACAGACAUCUUUGCUUCGAUCGCGGGUGAAGAGCAUUGGAAUUGGUCUCACGGAUCGUAUCGAGGGACCAUUUGAUCUACGCAUUCACAAGAUCUGGGCCACGAAUGGCAUGGGUGAGGCUGAUAUUGAAGAGGAGCGGCGCAUUUGCGGCACAGAUGCGCUCCCUCUUGAUGUGGGUUUGCAGUCGGGGUGGACCGAUCAACAGCGCGGCAAAGAGACUACAAGUCAAGUCGGCGCUACACCAAAGGAGAAAGGCCUGAAGGGGUUGAAAUCAGAGUGGGAUGACUAA